AUGAUCCGAGAAAUAAAUAUUGGAAGAGAUGAAGGAGUAAGAAUGGAUAGAACUUGCUUUAGUCUGCUCGCCUAUGCAGACGAUAUAGUCUUGCUAGGAGAAGAUGAACAAAAAGUGGUAGAUUUAUGCGGCAGGUUAAUAGAAUCGGCAAAGAAGGUAGGGCUACAUCUCAACAUAGAGAAAACGCAGUACAUGAAAGUUAGUAGGGAACUAGAUAACCUUCAGGAAACCGAAACCAUAACAGUUGGCCAGCACGAGUUCAAAAAAGUAGAAGAUUUCAAAUACCUGGGCACGAUCGUAACACAGAAGAAUGAAUGUCAAAUUGAAAUUCAACAAAGAAUAAAAAUAGGAAAUAAAUGCUUCUAUGCACUAGGCAAACUACUAAGCUCGAAAAUCCUGUCAAAAGAGGUUAAAACUCAGCUGUAUUUGACAAUCAUACGGCCAAUGGUCAUCUAUGGUUAA